UCCAGCACGAGCGAGCCCCGUUACGCUUUCACGCAGCUGUCUGACAAGCUGGAGUUCGGAGAACAACUUUCGAGGAUCAGACAAUCAAGGUUUUCUUCGAGGAGUGGAAUAUUCAUUUUGACAUGUUUAAGGCAACUUUGUUACAAUUCACCGUCUUCGCGUUGACGCUCAUCUCCGCGAUUUCAGGUCAAAAUUAUCCCCCAGCGGCGCAGAAUGUCUCCUGGUUCUCCUUCAACUUCAAGACAAUUCUGACAUGGAGUCCCAAACCGACGAACUACGCCUACACAGUGGAGUACUCCGGGCUCCUGGAGAAUAAGGCCAUGCACUGCAUCCGCACCCGGGAGACAGAGUGUGACAUGACCAAUCAGCUGUUGGACCUGCGGAAGACCUACACGGCCGACGUCAUCUCCGAGACCCUGGGCAGCGGCGACGCCGACUUUGACGAGCUGCCCUACACCUCUGCUCCGCCCUUCUGCCCUUACAAAGAAACCCAGAUUGGGAAGCCGUCCUUCAAGGUCGUCCAGAGCGCGGAGGACAAGACGCGCAUGGAGGUGCACAUCCAGGACCCACUGACGGCCGUGGAGAGGGACGGCAAGAAGCUCACCAUACGCGAGAUCUUCGGCACAGACCUGAUGUACGAGAUACACUACAGCAAGGCCGGCAGCACUGGGAAGAGCAAGUCCAAGAGUGCGGGGCGCGUGGUGGAGAUCCAGAAGCUGGAGGCCGGCGUCAGCUACUGUUUCCAGGUGGCGGCUCACAUCCGCUCGCGACACCACAAGACGGGCCAGUGGGCCGGACCCGUGUGCUGGCCGCCCCAGCCACCCUCAUUUUUUGAGGAUGUGAGCUGGCCGGUGUUGACAGGAGGUGCUGCCAUCCUGCUGCUGGUCUUCGUCCUGCUCAUCGUCAUCACGGUCCUCUGCUGCAAGAAAUGUCGACACUCCAAACACGUCAAGAUGGAUGCUGCCACCAUGGCAACCACUACAGUGUAGAACCAAGGCCAACGACAUUCCAAAGGCGUCAAGAUGGAUGCUGCGACCAUGGCAACCACUACAGUGUAGACCCAAGGGUCAAGGCCAAGGUCACAUGUCUUGUUUUGGUC